AUGCAUCGUUUGCUAAGCUAUGGCAAUGAAUUGACAUUGAAGGUCACACCAUUGUCUGCCACUUCGAUCAAGGAGGGUGCCCCGAGGAAAACAUUAGGUAAACUUGCUAAGAAGAAGCCAAAACGUCCUCAACGUCGAGUUCCACUUGAGAAGAAGCCAAGAAAACCGUCUUCCCUGCUUCGUCGUCUGAGCGGAAAACGUGCCACCAACGACAUCGUCCCUGGAAGUUCUAGCCAGAAACAGACCUUUAUGCCAAGGUCGGUCUCCAGUCAAGAUGGCGCUAUACUUGGUGGUCCGCUUACCACUACUACCUGUCCUCCAUGUGCAAGUACGUCACAAUCGGGAACGUCAGUCGCUUGUCCAAAAUCUACCUGUCACAAACGGCUCUCGGAUGUUGGUCUCAGAGAGGAGAAUCGUUCUCCAUUAGUAUCAUCACGGCCAUCGUCCCUGAGAGGUUUGAAGCAGCCACUGCCGCCACCAUUGGCCCCUGGAAAUUCCGCAUCAGCCACUCUGAACGUGAAAAUGCCGACAUCUCCCAUACCAGUGAGUCCGUUGGCAAGAACGGAACAUACGGAAACUUCUUCUGCGGGUCCGAUUCUGACAAGGUAAGG